AUGCCACAGCUACUGGUGGGACGGGUCUGGAGUUUCAGUGAAGACUGUCUAGCACUCAAUAUAUGGACUUCAUCCAUAUCACCAAAAGAGCUUAAGCCAGUUUUAUUUUUCAUCCACGGCGGGAGAUUUGUAUCCGGCAGUACCAACAACACAUUUUAUGAAGAACAAUAUCUUGCUGCUACUGGUGAUGUCGUUGUUGUGACUAUUGACUACCGACUGCUCGUGUUUGGAUUCCCAGGCUCACCACUAUUACCCAGCGCUAACCUAGCAAUCUUGGAUCAACGACUCGCCCUCGAAUGGGUCAAAGCAAACAUUGCAUCAUUCGGAGGAGACCCAUCUAGAAUCCUCAUGUACGGACAAUCAGUUGGUGGACUAUCUAUUCAUUACCAUGCAUUUGCCUGGCCAGAUGAUCCAAUUGCUUCUUCAUUCAUGUCCAUAUCCGGAAUUAUCAAUGACGAACUUAAUAGUCCAGAAUUGAGCAAGUCAUAUUGGGAUCAGCUUUCCGUUCUAGUCGGAUGCGAGAGUGGCGUCGAAACAGAUGUUGUGAUCUGCAUGCAGGAGAUACCAUACCAAACCAUCUUGGCUGCCAUCAAAAAAUUACCUCUGACACCCACGGAAUUUCUACCACGAACACAAUUCGCACCAACAAUCGACGAGAACAUUGUGUUUUCAGACUAUGCUACCAGAACCAUCGCUGGGAGAUUCGCUAAACUACCAUACCUAGUAGGCAACGCGAAUCACGAGUCAGGCUUCCACGCCAUCUCCGCCUUUGCCCAAAACAUCACUCUCAGCCGCUCUCAGUGGGAUCUCUUCAACCUCAAAACCUUUACUUGCUCCGCGAUCCAAUCUGUCCUCUCACGCUUGGAGCAUAAUAUCACUGUUUAUUUGUAUAGAUAUUUUGGAGAUUUCGACAACACGCGUCUUUAUCUAACAAGUGGUGCGUAUCAUUCGAGUGACUUGAAUAUGUGGCACGGUGUGGGCAGGGAUGUAAGUGGUAUUUCGAAUACGAGAGAUGAAGAAAGGUUGAGUAAGGAGAUGAUGAGAAGUUUGAUUACGUUCGCAAAGGAUCCUAUGGGCGGACUUGAAAAAUUGGGUGGAGAAGGGAUGAGGGCGCGGGAACUGGUGAGCCUACCUGCUUUCUUUGCUUCACAUCGCACAUGGCCACAAACAACUCUGAAUAUUCUAGGUCAACACAAUAGUCGCGAGGUGGAUCACGUGGAAUUUGGAGAGUAUAAUGCCCAAUGUGCACCAUAG